AUGCCUGUGAGGAUGCCUGUCAAGGAGCAGGAGGAAGAGCUAAAGGAGCUUGUGGUUGACUUUGAUGGUAGCAAUGAGAGCUCGCCAGGGACUAUAAGAACGUACAACCAUGAAGGUGUCCAGUCUCCAGACCACCGAGACGAACGCAAGGGCGUGUACAUUGUUGUACUUGUCCAUGUUGGCCAGAUCUUGCAUCCAUCAUGCUGA